GGAGGGUGACAACACGCUCUGCCCCCCCUCUCUGCCCCCUCCCCAGGCGAUGGAGAGCAAGCUGCUCAUCGGGGGCAGGACCAUCGUGGACCACACCAACGAGCAGCAGAAGAUGCUGGAGCUGCGGCGGCAGGAGAUCGCCGAGCAGAAACGCCGGGAGCGGGAGAUGCAGCAGGAGGUGCUGCUGAGGGACGAGGAGACCAUGGAGCUGCGGGAGACCUUCACCUCCCUGCAGCAGGAGGUGGAGAUCAAAACCAAGAAGCUGAAGAAGCUCUAUGCCAAGCUGCAGGCCGUGAAGGCCGAGAUCCAGGACCAGCACGACGAGUACAUCCGAGUGCGCCAGGACCUGGAGGAGGCCCAGAACGAGCAGACCAGGGAGCUGAAGCUCAAGUACUUGAUCAUCGAGAACUUCAUCCCUCCCGAGGAGAAGAACAAGAUCAUGAACCGCCUCUACUUCGACGGCGACGAGGACCAGUGGAAGUUCCAGCCUCUGGUGCCCACCGGAGGGAACAGCUCCCAGAUGAAGAGGCGCCCGACCUCCGCCGUGGGCUACAAGAGACCCAUCAGCCAGUACGCCCGGGUGGCCAUGGCCAUGAGAUCCCACCCCCGCUUCCGGGCUGAGAACAUCAUGUUCCUGGAGCUGGACCUGUCCCCCCCGGCCAUCUUCGAGUUCGAGCGGAGCGGGGACACGGCGGAGCAGGACCCGCGGGCGCUGCACCUGGAGCGGCUGAUGCGCCUGGACAGCCUCCUGGAGCGGCCGGCGGCCUCCCGCCUGCGCAAGUCUCGCUCCUGGUGCCAGACGCCGCGGUCGCUGCCCUCCUCCACCACCCACGUGUCCCUCACCUCGGGCGCCGCCUGUGCCGCCGCGAUGCCAGCUCAGAUGCCAGCUCAGAUGCCAGCUCAGGAGUGACAGCUCAGCUGCC